AUGAUAUCCGGCCAGCAGAAAAGACAGUCACGGCUAUUUUCGAGCGAGAAAUCGAAAGCCGGAUUUGGCCGGAGGACGUGCCGGAACAGAGAUCGGGGAAUGUCGCCGGCUAGGGUUUCAGACUACGGCGAUGAGGAGGAAUGCUGCGGCGGAUCGAGCGGUUACUCGUCGGAGUCGUCCCAGUGCUGGAAGCAGACGCCACAGAGGUACGCGCCGGCAGCGGCCCGGCGGGUCGGAGGACGGCCGAGCCACUCCCGAAACGUGUCCGGAUUGACGUUCUGUUUGAGUCCUCUGGUGCGUGCGAGCCCUAAUCCGCACUGGAACCAGAAGGGAAUGCCGCCGGAGAUGGGAUUUUCCGGCGAGAUCAGGGUACCGGUCAAGCCUCACCUGUCGACGGCGGCGUCGUUCUGCGCAAACCGAUCUCGGAAGCUCGCCGAUUUCGGGCGGCUCAAUCCCAACCACUGA